AUGACGACUGCCCCCAAUGGACUGGUUCACGCCGCCGACACCCACAAAUUCAGUACGCCAAUACCGCGUUGGAAAACUUCACUUUCACAGGCUGACAAUCCAUAGAGCGCACAAAGCCCGAAGACCAGCGCGAGAACCCGUUCGUAAACCUCAUUCCGAAUCAAGACAUCGCCGUCAUACCCUCCUUCACGCUCGAAUCCGGCGAAGUUCUCCAGAAUGUACCGCUAGCCUACAAGACGUACGGCGAGCUCUCGCCCGAAAGAGACAAUGCUAUGGUUAUAUGCCACGCGCUGACCGGCAGCGCCGAUGUGCAAGACUGGUGGGGACCGUUGCUUGGUGGUCCGGGAGAGGAUGGCAAGGAGGCAAGAGCAUUUGACGUGUCGAGGUUCUUUGUGGUCUGCAUGAACAGCCUCGGCAGCCCGUAUGGGAGCGCCAGUCCGGUCACCGCCAAGGAUGGGAACCCGGAGAAUGACAACUAUGGGCCCGAGUUCCCUCUGACGACUAUCAGAGACGAUGUGAACCUCUUCAAGAUUCUUCUGGACGAUCUUGGGGUGAAGCAGAUCGCGGCGGUCAUUGGCGGGUCUAUGGGUGGCAUGCUCGUACUGGAGUUUGCAUACUUUGGAAACGACUACGUCAAGACCAUCAUACCGAUCGCAACUUCGGCACGAUACAGCGCUUGGGGGAUCAGCUGGGGCGAGGCACAGCGUCAGGCCAUCUACAGCGAUCCGAAAUAUGACGACGGGUACUAUCCCUACGAUGAUCCUCCAUCGAGCGGCUUGGGGACUGCGCGUAUGCAAGCUCUGCUCACUUACCGAAGUCGAGACUCUUUCGAAUCUCGCUUUGGUCGCAACCAUCCCGACCCUACCCAGUCCAAGCAAAACAUCAACUCCCUGCAGAGGCCAGUAACUCCCCAAGGCGAGCACUUUGCGGUACACAACGAAGGCCACAGGAACGUGGGCUCACCGCGACGCCACGCUGCGAAUGGCUCUUCUCCGGAGCAGUCUCAGGAGCUCUGUGUCCAGGAUCCUCAGUUCUCUGGUGCCACCGAGCUCAAGGUGGAUGCUAAGCCACCGACCAACCCUGGUCGAAAGCGGAUUCCGACGUACUAUUCCGCCCAGUCUUACCUGCGAUACCAGGGCGAGAAAUUCAUCAAGCGAUUUGAUGCCAAUUGCUACAUCGCCAUCACACGCAAGUUGGACACGCAUGAUGUUGCUCGAGGUCGUACCGACGAGACCGGGUCGCCCACCCCAGAGCAAGUCCGCGAGGCCCUCGCCCUGAUCGCACAGCCGACGCUCGUGCUUGGGAUCAAGUCUGAUGGACUGUUCACGUACCAGGAGCAGCAGGAGCUUGCGGCUUCCAUUCCGAACAGCGAGCUGAAAACGAUCGAAAGCCUGGAUGGUCACGAUGCCUUUUUGCUGGAAUUCCGACAGGUGAAUACCUUUCUGCGCGACUUCAUGAAGAAGGAGCUCAGCCACAUCAUGUCGCGAGAGCCUGUCAACUGGCCUCGCAAGAAGGAAGAGGCUACUGAAGCCAAGGCGAGCGUGUUUGGCGAGGCUGAAGUGGAUGAUAUCACGGCCUGGUAA